GACCCCUGGAACAACAAAAAUCGUUACUUGACUAUUUUCUUGGAAAUGUUAGGAAAGAAUGAAAAGUUCGGCGUCGUUAUUGCUGUUUCAAAGGCUUACGAUAGCGCCACCAGCUUUGUGUACGCUAGGGAGGUCGAUGGAAAUGAAUUUGGCGGUUUCGGCAAACCAUUUCAGUUAUCAAGAAGGUCAAACGACUUUUCAAAACAUGAUUGGGACAACGACAUCCUAACAGAUGAAAAGAUUGGCCUUGGAACAAUCCUGAAAUAUGAACAAUUAGGGGAAGAAUAUCUCUACACGGAAAACACAAAAUUUCGGCCGCAGGAUAUUGAUAAAAUUCAGAUGGACCUUAACUAUGGUGAAGGCGUUUUUAAAGGUAUUAAAGAUGCUCUUCCAGAAGCUAAAAUUUCAUCAACAAAAGGUAUUUACCAGGACAUUGGACCACUAAGGCUUCCAAUUUUCCUCGUCAGCUUUACAUCUGGUGAGAUAAAAAAUGAGAGAAUUUCUUUCAAGACAAAACUUGGGGAAAGUAUAAACCUGAGGUUGAAUUGUAGGGAGAAUCUUUUGUUGUCCCCUUAUCCUGUUAAACUAGAAGUGAGAGAUGUGAAAGGUGACUGUGAUGUUGGUGAUGUAGCUCUCAUCAAAAUGGGAGGCUUGGAAAGUAGUCUAAGGAACCCUACACACCAUGCUGUUUGUGAAGGCCUGAUCAUUAGGUACAAACCAAAAGUAAUUUCAGUUGAUGAGGAGCCAGUGAAGAUUAGGGAUGUGAAUGGAGAGUUGCAUCAGUUAGUAUCUGGAAGUGUCAAGUUUGACAGUGGGAAUGAUGUUGCUACAGCAAUAUCUAAAGAACUUGUAAAUGAUUUGCGCCUUGAGCCCAAUCCCCGUAAGAAGAGAAAUGUGACUUUGGCAGGAGGGUUGAAAAUGUCAUGUGGUUUGAUUGAAAUUAGUAUUGUUGUUAGAGGGCGUGAAUUUUGUGUUAAAGCAUUAGUUGGUGCUGUUGGCCCAGACACCGACCUAUUAGUGGGUAUGGAUGUAAUACAACGUUUAGCUGAAGAAAAGUUUACUCUAGGAACACCCUAAGGUAAAAAUAUGAUGUAGGGAAAGUAAGUGGUUUUAAAAAUAUGCAAGAUUUUUAAUUUAUAUUUAACUUGGUCAUGUUUCCUUUUCUCUAUUCUUUUAAAUGGAAGCAAAAUAUUGUGAAAGGAAACAGUUUUAUUGUUUAAAAGUUUUUGGUAGAGGUUGUCUUUCUUAUUGUCGUCAUUUUCAACUAACCACUAACUGACUGUUUGAAGCCUGUAUUUUUUUUACUCCUAAACUGUUUUAUUAUGAUUGCUAGAAAGCACUUGAAGGUACAGAUUGAUGACCCCACACUUCUUAAAAUGGACUUUUAUGCAAUAUGAACACUUAGGAAAAAAAAUAAAGCAAACCAGAAUUUCAGUAAUGACUCACCAAAAUAAAUUGUAUUUAUAAACACUGCUGUCUAAGUAUGUAUCUACCCCCUUAGGUUCAGUGUUAAUUAAUAGUUACAGCCUGUUUGGCUCUAAUUGUAUGAUACUGAAAGUAUCAGUAGCUGUCUUGCCCCAGGUAUCCAUUAUGCAAUUUAAGUUAUGAGUCCCAAGACUAAGAAGAGCCAACUAAUGGCUCUAAAUUAUAUCGAUUGAAUUUUUUUUUUAUGUACUUGAGUUGCAGUUUUUGUUUGUGAUUUUACUUUGUUUGUUUAGCAACAAAUAACAGCUGAAAUAGAAUUGAUGACUGCACUGCAUAUGUAUUUUAAUAGAAUUAGUGAUUAAGCUUAAAGCCUUAUAAUAAAUCCAAUGACUGUAAAUCAUUUGUAAUUUUAAAUACCACUGUGCAUUCUGGUAUCAAAUAGAUUUUAUACUCCUUGCCAAGCAUAAUGAUUUCUUGUGGUCAAUGAAAUAUGUUGUGGUGGAAGAAGUUGCAUGGUACAAUGUUGUACUUCUCGGGUACAUAAGUAAAAGAUUCUUAAUAUAAGAAAGUUACAUUUUUAAUUGGGUAUGGAGAAUUAAUUUUAGUUUAUAUAACUAUGUAAAUAUGCUUUGAUUUCCAAAAGGUUGUGACUCUUCAUGUAUCUUUCUCCUACUUCUACCUUUCUGUUCAUUUUAGUUCAUUCUUAGUUCAUUCUUUAGUUCUAGACAAUUUACUGAUAAUUAUGGUCACGUGAACUUUGAAUUAUUUUAGUACUGGUUCAAUAGGCUUUUCCAUUGCUUAUUUUCCAAUUGUGGUUUUGCUCAUUAACUAUGCUAUAAUGAGGCAGCCAAAAGCAGUCAGGCCAGUGAGGCCUAAACGAAAAAAACAAACAAGAAAGUAUGAAGCAAGCUAAUGCAUAAAGGAUCACUUACUCCUCUUCUCUGAAAUCACUUUCCCCCUCAUCCUACAUGUUCUCUUCCUAAAUAAAUAAUACAAGAGAAAAAUUCAUAUUUAACAGCUUUCAAACUACCCUUCACCUCUCCAAAUACUCCUUUUUAUGUCAUUUUUGUUAAUUUCUUAGCGAGAGGUUAAGGGGAAGAGAAUGCUGUCACUGACAUGUCAUUUGAUCCCAUUAAAAGAAAUUUUGAUAUCUGU